AAGGCAGCAGGCAUUCAGCGGGGGGGAAUCUCAAUAGCAAGCGGUGGGGCCAAUAACCUACCUCCAACGCUUCCUUUAGUCUUGGCAUUUCAAUUAUGAUGCCCGGUUCUCUCUCUUCCUGCUUCACGACAACUACUUUUUGAAUUUAACUUGUCUCUUCCACCUAACAGCCUUCAACCCGCCCACCACCUCCACCAACUGACCUUCCACCACCACCACCACCACCACAAACUCUCGCUCUCUCUGGUCCCUCAUUUUCUUUUCUUUUUCCUCUCUCCCUCCCUUCCUUCCCUCCUUCUUCCUUCCUUUUCGUCUUUCCUCCACUGCUAUCAUCCUUCCUCACUUCACCUCCUCUGAGCGUUAGUUCACGUUCUUGGUGAAUGGUCUUUUCUAUUUUUUAGACUUUCCCAGAAACAAGUGCUCCUCUUGUUUGGUGGAACGGGGGUUUCUGGGGCUAUCAAUCUAGCAUUGACUUCUAAUUGAAUUUCUAAAUUCAGGAUGAAUCGCUCUCGCGGUAAAAUCAGGCCGCCACGCAGGGUACCAUCUAUCCCAUUCUACCGUCUACCAUCUCAUAUCACGCCUUAUGAAAGCUGACAUUUGGGGGAAAAAAAAUUAAAAUGUGUAGGGGCUCGCUACGGACCAUGUCGAUUUUGACGAGUACUGGGAAGUCUUGGCCCAAUCGCUGCGAGAGAUCUACGCAAAGAACGCCUCCCACUUAUCCUUCGAAGAAGUCUAUAGAAACGCAUAUAAACUUGUCUUGAAGAAACAUGGUGAUCGUCUCUAUGGGAAUGUGAAGAAGUUGGUUGGAGAGCACUUGCAGAUGGUUGCUGUUAGAGAUGUUAAACCGUUGCUUCCUAGCUCCAUUGUUACCGGUGACGUUUCAUUUGGCACGGCAACUACCGAGAGGAGAACCGUUGGGACAAAAUUCUUGGAGAGAUUGAAGUUUGUUUGGGAAGAUCAUCAGCUUUGUAUGGGCAUGAUGAAGGAGGUGCUAAUGUAUAUGGUUGGUCACCUGUUUCUGGCUAUUGGGCUCCAAUUUUGCUGACUUUGGAGCAGGAUCGAGUAUUCUGCGCUGAUCGUAAAAUCCCUUCGAUAUAUGUUGCUUGUAUGGGGCUUUUCCGCGAUCAUGUUCUAAGGCAUCCUGAGUACAACAUUGGGAACGCUCUGAACAGUGUCAUCCUGGACCAGAUUAAGAUGGAACGGGAUGGCGAUAUCAUCAAUCGUGCUACGAUUAGAGCUUGUGUAUACAUGCUUGAAGGUUUGUACGAAACAGAGGAGGAGCUCGAAGAUCAGAAGGUGUAUCUGACAAGUUUUGAAAGUACGCUCAUGUCCAGAAAUUUAAUUUUUUUUACACCCGGCAUGGUUUGCUCAGCACUAACUAAAUGGGGACUACAGAGAACUUUCUCCUGGCCAGCGAGGUGUUCUACCAAAGGGAAGGAGAGCGAUUGCUACGGGAUUGCGAUGCGACAACAUACCUACGGAAGGUGGAUAAACGCCUCAAGGAGGAAUAUUCUCGGUGCCAUGAUACCUUAUCCAUGUUGACCGAGGCAAAGAUAAUGAAAGUAGUUGACCAGCAACUGAUUGACGCAAACAUCAACGAUGUCAUGGAGAUGGAAGGCUCAGGCCUACAGUUUAUGCUAGACAAUGACAGAUACGAGGACUUGAAGCUUGUCUAUGAGUUGAUCAGCAGAGUGGAUUCUGAGAAGAGGAGCCUCAAGAAAAAAAUGUGUGCAAGGCUGGUGGCAAUGGGUAAAGAGGUUAAUCGAACUGUCUCUACACCACAGAUAAUUGCAGUUUCAGGUGCAGAUGGUGCAGGCGAAUCAAGCAAGGCGAGUGCUACGGUAGUAAGCGAAGAAAAGGUAGCAAACAACAUAACACUUGUCGCUAUCCGAUGGGUCGAUGAGGUCUUAGCACUGAAGGACAAAUAUGAAAACAUCUGGGAGCAGUCAUUUGAUAAAGAUAAGGGGAUACAGGCUGCUAUGACCAGGGCAUUCACGGAUUUCAUCAACGAUUUCGACAGAUCACCAGAGUUCAUCUCUCUGUUCAUUGACGAAAAUUUGCGCAAAGGCCUAAAGGGCAAGACAGAGACUGAAGUUGAUGUCGUUCUCGAUAAAGCGCUAACUCUAUUCCGGUAUAUUUCCGAUAAGGAUGUCUUUGAAAGAUACUAUAAGAAGCAUCUCUCCCGCCGUCUCCUAAUGAAUCGUUCGGUGUCCCACGAUGCUGAGAAGCAGAUGAUUGGGAAAUUUAAAAUGGAGGUCGGUUUCGCGUUCACGGGCAAGUUCGAAGGCAUGUUCAAAGACAUGAAUAUCUCGGAGGAGAUGACGAGCGAGUUCAAAAGACUGUUGCAGGAGAGCGAUAACAAUUACAAGAAAGGUGUUGAUCUGUCCGUCCAGAUUCUCACAUCAACUUUCUGGCCAGUGGGUGGGGGCGGUUCAAGCGACCAUCCAUGUAUCUAUCCUCCAGAGAUCAGAGCCAUCAGGGAUUCAUUUACGAAAUACUAUCUGGAUCGACAUAGUGGGCGCAAGUUAGAUUGGCGCCCUGAUAUGGUGUGUUUUUUCCUCUUCCUUUUCCGAGUGUAUACAUUAAUUUACGAGAUCUAAUCGUGGUGACUUCUUGGAACAGGGGACAGCGGACGUCAGAGCUACUUUCAAAGGGAAGAAGCACGAAUUAAAUGUUACAACCUAUGGCAUGGUCAUUCUCAUGGCUUUCAGUGAUCUCGCCCCCGGAAGGAUACUAUCCUUUGAAGUAUCAUCCCUGUCCCAACCCUCCUAUGAUUGAUUAUUAACGUUCAGUAGGAAAUCCAGACGAUCACCUCUAUCCCGGAGCAGGACCUAGUGCGGAAUCUCCAGGCCCUCGCAGUAGCUCCCAAAACACGUGUUCUGAUUAAGAAACCAAUGUCCCGAGAUGUCCGAUUAACCGAUGUCUUUGCAGUUAAUGAAGAAUUCUCUUCAAAAUUCAUGCGCAUUCGCAUCGGUGUGGUAGCCACCAACCGUGCUGAGACUGAGCAGGAGAGAAGAGAUACAGAUGAGAAGACCGAGAGAUAUAGAGGGGCUACUAUUGAAGCUGCUCUUGUGAGGAUAAUGAAACAACGGAAGCUUAUAUCUCACACGGAGCUUGUCAAUGAGGUACUUGCUCAAAUGGGCUCGAGGUUUAAUCCCGACAUUACUAUGGUAAAAAAGAGAAUUGAGUCUUUGAUGGAAAGGGAAUACAUGGAACGUGCUGAAGGUGAGAGGCAGGUGUAUCGUUAUAUCGUAAGUUCUCUGAUGGCGCUGCCUUUUCACCUUUCUAUAAUACUAGUACCCAAACACAAUACUGAGACUACUGCUACUAUUAUUAGGCCUAGUUCCGUACCCCCCACACACAAAUUCCGCUAUUGGCUACCCCGUCCUUCCCCCUUCCCUUCCCCCAACACAAUGGUAUCUUUCCAUACUCUUCACGUUCAAACCUACAUCCCUUCAUUCUCCUCUUUCUUGAUUCAGUUCAUUUCCGGUAUAUACAUGGCGUUCAUAACAAAAAUGGGCUGAGGUGCGCUGUGAGGGACCUGUUCAUUUUCAUUCUUACCUUUGUUUCUCCCUAUGUUUUUUUUUCCUACACGGACUAAACGAGUGAUGACGAAAUGGCAUGGAUGGGUGGUUGGAAUAAGAUCAUUGAUGAUAACACCAGCUUUUUUCCCCAGUGGAUAUAGCUAUUCGGCUGAUUUUGCUGAGAAUAUCAACGGGUGUUAUUGUCCUGUCCGCAUCUGAGUCUGAGUAACCUGGGGUUUGCGAAAACUGCCGCAGGUGAGUUGCUUGAUUGCAUCGCUGGUAAAAAAAAGGGGGGGGAAGAAAAACAAUAGCAAGUAGUAGCUGAGGAAUUGAAAUUUGUGCCCAGCCGAUUUCUUUCUCUAAUAUUGUUUCUGUAACCCCAGUGGAAUCUAUAGGGGUCCAAAUCACGCGUCGGCUGAAGAGCAGACCGGCGGCCGCGGUACAGCAUUUUAUUGCUGCUAAUGGGUAGUGGCGGCUAGUGGAUGAAUGGUGUUCAGAAGUAGCUAUAGUAGCUCAGCUCGGAAGGCAAAAUGCGCUUGGGAGUUUUUUUUAGAGGUUGCUAGAAACACGAGAUAGAUGAAACCAGAUUCCAUCGAUGUUUGACUCACCACGAUGCUGAAGUCUUGUGGGGUGUCAUGAAAACUC